CAUUUCGAAAAGAUGGCUCGUCUCAAACAAAGACCAAAUCGAAUUCUCAAUACAUCGACGAAAACAUCAUCCGCGAAGAAAAAGAAAAAGAGAAUCAGCCGCUCGACACGUUCUGGUUUAACUUUUCCAGUCGGAAGAAUUCAUCGAAAACUUCGUGAAACUACUCGUGGAAAACAAAGAAUUUCAGCAGGUGCAUCUGUUUUUAUGGCUGCUACACUUGAAUAUUUAACUACCGAACUUAUGGAAAUGUCUGCAAUCGCGGCUAAUGAAAGUAAGAAAUCGAGAGUCACGCCACGUCAUCUUCAUUUGGCAAUUUAUGGAGAUCAAGAAACCGCACAACUGCUUGAUAAGGUUACUCUGCCUCAAGGAGGAGUUACACCAAUGCCUAUUCAUCCAUCCUUGCUUCCAAAGAAGAAAGCAAAAGAAGAUGACAAAGAAAAUAAUUCUUGAACUAAACUCUCCAAAUAAAUCGUUUUCAUCAU